AGAUCAGCCCCUGUGACUCUCCCACAUGAGCUACCAGAGGCAUGGAGCUACGGGGACAGCUCUCCAGCUGCUUGUUCUGUGCCAUACUCCUAGCAGCAAUUCCUUUUUCAGAGAGUUUUGAAGUCAUCUCGUCCCCAACUGUCACUGGGAUCGUCGGCCAGGAUGUGGUCUUACCGUGCCAGAUCUCCACCAGGACACAGCCGGCCAAUAUGGAAGUGCAGUGGAAGAAAAUCAUCCUGGCGAAUAUAGAGAUUGUCCAUGAAUACAGAGCCCAGACAGGCCAGGAUGUGCCAGGGCUGAACUACCAGGGCCGGACUGCGCUGUUGAAGGAUGGAUUCAGCUCUGGGAAUGUGUCUUUAAAGCUGAAGAACAUCCAACUGGCUGAUAGGGGAACAUACAACUGCAUUGUGAAGUCUAAUGAGCGGAGCGCUGAUGCUACAACUGAGCUUCAAAUUGCAGGUUGGUGA